AUGGAAGCAGACGGCAGUGCAAAUGGGAACGGAAACGGAAGGCAAGGAAAGAAGCCUGCAAACGCCAGUUCAAGAAAAGGCUGCACGAGAGGCAAAGGCGGACCUGAGAAUGCUUCCUGUACCUACAAAGGAGUCCGGCAGCGGACUUGGGGCAAGUGGGUGGCAGAAAUACGCGAACCCAACUGUGGUUCGCGCCUCUGGUUGGGAACUUUCGACACCUCCCACGAGGCAGCCAUCGCUUACGAUGCAGCAGCAUAUAAGCUGUAUGGGGAUGCCGCCAAGCUGAAUCUACCACAUCUCUUUGGGAGGGCUCAGAACAUUCCCGACUACUUCACUCUCAACACCAGCGGCGGGAAUGAAAGCGGAGUUCAACCAGUUCCUUUUCAACAGAAUUCGCUCCUGAAUUUUGCAUCCAGCAGCAGCUCCAGUUAUCCCGUACCCCAGUAUCAGGGGAAUGAAGGGCUGUUCUUUGAGAUGAACCCAAACGCAACUGCAACUGGUUACCCCACUGGUACAGCAACUGUUGGUAUAACAUCAGUUAGGAACGACAAUACCAACGUUAUUCACGACAAUGGAAAUGAGGCAGUCAGAAGUGAGGAAGCACCUAUGAAAGAAGUGUGGAACAGCCUCAAAUCAAAUUUGCCAGAGACAGAUGACUCUUCAAUUUGGGCUGAAGCUCAGGCUGCUUCCCCUUUUCAGGUUGCUAUGAAUGAUCCAGGAAUCUUCGAUGGCAACCUCGAUGGCAACUACCCCUGGAACUGA